UAAGCAUUUGAACGAAAUAUCUAUUUUAAAUAGAUCUUUUGGUUAAUAUAACCAACAUCUACUUCAAAGGAAGAUUCUCCUUUAGUUUCCUUUAAACACUAACUUUUUAACUUUUCACAGGAGAAAUAAUCUUUUCAUCCACCGUUCAAAUACGGAUAGCAUGUUGGAAAAUGUUAAGUUAAAAUGUUUGCAAUCUAAACUGAUGCGUUUUCAAAGUUUCCUUGAGUCACCGGGAGCGUUUGUUGGUAAAUGUGGGCAUUUACACAGAAACGGAAGUGAGCUGAAGUGAAUAAUUCUAACGGACCACACCUACUGAGCAUGCUCAAACCGCCUCCCAAACACCUUUGCUGUCGGGGGGGAUCAUUUGAACUAAUUUCUGAAAAUCAAAAGCAAAUAAAUAUAUUGUCUUGACAGCAUCAAAACAUUUAAUAUUUCUCUGACAUAUACAUCCUUUUCAAUUAACUUAUUUUAAUUUCUUCGGUAUUUAUAGUCAGGCUCAACACCCACUACCUAAAAUGGGUCCUUCUCCCCUCAUGUUUGCUGUUAUGAGUGUUUUAACCCCGAACGAAGAAACUUGAACCCAAAAUAAAAGCAACAAUUAAAAUGCAAAUAAUGUGGACAUUAUUGGCCCCCUAAGUAAUUGGAAGUUGGUGUUUAUUUUCUUCUGCUUAGAGUUAAGACAAUGCCGUUUCCAAGGCGACUGACUGAACGUGCUAAGCUAUGAACUCUGAAGUCUGUCCAUUCUGUGGUAAAACAUACAAAAGGCUAAAGAGUCACCUUCCUCAUUGCAAGGCAUCGAAAGGUUUCAAAACCCCUCCAGCCAAUCAGGAUGUUCCAGAAAAUCACACGUCAGACUCUCAGCUGGCCUCAGCUCCGUCCAAAUCAACUGCAACGUUUAGGACGCCAACGCAGACGCCAUCAGCGGGCGCACAUCUCCAAUCAGAGAAGAUUAAAGGGGUUUCCUCGUCUUCAUCAGAGUCGGUCUCAGCUGAUGUGUUUUCUUUAUCCUCACAAUCCUCCAGACCCUCAAAACCCCAAAAGAAGAGUCUGAGAGAACAAAUAGUAGCUGCAAAGGUUGAGCAUUUUACAAAAGGAUCAGGAGAAGAAGCCAAAUCUUCCACCAAGAAGUCAAGUUUGGGCACCGCAAAAGGGACGAAGACCAAAAGUGUGAAAGGUGUGAGUGCUCCACUCACGUCUACAGAACCUAAACCUAAAAGUGUCUCGAAAAAGAAGAAGUCCGUGGCGCACGAUCCUGACGUUCUCAGCUCACACACAAAGGAAAACCGCAGGGAACACAAAGCAAGAGACCAGUUCUGGGUGGAGAGUGAUGGGGAGAUGGAGGAGACGCUCCUAAACCCAAGAAAUGCUCACCAGGUGACAGUUACCCUGCAGGACGCCAAAGCCACGUUAGCCAGGGCUAAUUCCCGGCAUGAGCCCGGCAGGGCGAGUAUUUGGAGAACCACUGAUGUAACUGGUAACCUAAAGAGCCACAUAGGACUUGACUCUGAUCUCAGUCCGGCACGGCUUCCUUUAACGAAUCAGGAAGAAGAUGCUGAGAACUUGGCUGCAGCAAAAGUCCAGCUGCUCAACUCUGACUCAAUUCUGACAGAGUCCCAAAAAACGGCAGUAGUCCGUCUGAAAGAUGCUCCUCAGCAUUCACAAAGCUUCCAGCUAGCUCCACCCUCUCUGCUGACAGCCAGGCUGAACGAGGCUCUGAAGGGCCGUCACCCACCAGACCCGCUCCCAACUUCCCAACGUCUCCCCCCGCCUUCCAGCCCUCUUCUUUACCCCCCUGCAGCACGGUCUUUGUGUGGGAGGGUGGAGGAGUUACAGCUGAAAGUCUGGAAUCAAGUUGCAGUUGCAGCUGAGAAGCAAACCAGAGGAGCUGCGACUCAGAGGAGGCUGGGUCAGGUGAGACUCCGAGAACUGCCCGAGUGGCUGGCCAGCAGGACCCCCAGUCAGCCAAGAGACGUCAUAGAAAUGGUCCAAAAAGGCUGGCGGUGGUACUACAGCAGAUACAUUGACGUGAAGAAGGGGGGAGUAGCUGGCGUGGGCAUGUUACUGGCUGGAUACUGUGUCCUCAGCUACAUCUGGAGCUACCCUCACAUCAAACUCAGUCGAUGGAAGAAAUACCACUGAAGGACGAGGAAGAGGAGGGUCCACCAUCUUUAUUCAUAUCCAUUCAACUGAUUUGCUGUGACAUGUUUAUGGAUUUUUCUAUGGCAUUUAUUUAUAUCUGGAAAGAGUAUUAUUUAUGUAACGUGUACACAGUUGGAUAAACAUACUUUUAUUUGAAGUGAAUUAACUUUUACCUGGCUUAUUAAAUAAAGACAAGUUUAAAAAUA